AUGAGUGCCACGGACAGCGCCAGCGUCAACCGUCGCGAAGAUCCAGCCGCUCGAGAAUGGGAGGCGGAAGCGGCACGGCAGCGUCGCGAAGAUCCAGCCGUUCGAGAACGGGAGGCCGAAGCGGCACGGCAGCGUCGCGAAGAUCCAGCCGUUCGAGAACGGGAGGCCGAAGCGGCACGGCUGCGGCGUGAGGAGGAUCUGCAGAACGUCAGGGAACGGGAAGCAGCGAGAAAGCGCGCGUAUCGGCAGACAGACCCCGAUGCAGUGAGAGCUCGUGAGGUGUCUGCAAAACGCAUCAGGCGAGCUCAACCCGAAGGUGCCGACGCGCGGUUUAAGCGAGACUUUCUAGACGUUACGUUCGGACACAGCUGCAGUGUGUGUGACAGAUUAUGGUUCUCCAAUAAUCUCGUAACGGUGUCCGGAAUCAAGAACGACCGUGCUCGGGGUAACGCCAUUGCCGUGCUUCGGCGCGAAUUCCCCGUCGGCAGCGGUGAGUAUAAGAUUUGCUCUAGCUGCAAGGAUUCACUGGUCGCGGGAAAGGUACCUCCCAUGAGCGUAUCGUAUGGCUACAGAUAUCCAGCGAAACCGGACCACUUGCCUUCUUUGAACCCUGUGGAAGAACGACUCAUAUCCCCUCGUUUGCCGUUCAUGAGCAUAAGGCGGUUGACGCACGGAAGCGGACAGUACGGCAUCAAGGGGCAAGUGGUUAACGUUCCGAUAAACGUCCCCAACACGGUUCAAUGCCUACCUCGGAACAUUCCGGACGACGUGGCCAUCGACGUUCAUAUCAAGCGCCGGCUCGUAUGCAAACCGUCGUAUAAGAAAAGUCUCGUUAAGAAACGUAACGUCCACGAAUGGCUCAAACAUCUCGAGCAUUCUCCGUUAUACAAGUAUUUUAAGAUCACAGUGAAUUGGAGCCGCCUCGCGAACGUGGAAGACGACGGUGACGUGGACGACGACGAGAUCGAGCCGGCGCCAGAGGUUACCGACCUGGAAGAUCCUAUGCAGGCGGCGAUUGCACUCAACACAAUGGCGCAUACCAUGAUAUUUGACGACGGAGCCUGCGUCAUCACCAAGUGCGUCAACAGCGGCGGCGAUACUGCGGCGGGAACGGCGGCAACGACCGCGGCGGUAUCUGCAAUGGGAACGAGUUCGGCGGCGCAUUCUGCAGCUGAUGAACUAGGCCUAAUCGAAGGUAUGCACAGUUUCCACGUGGCACCCGGUGAAGGGCAGACUCCCAUCUCUCUGCUCUUUGACGAGUAUGCCGAAUAG